CGCAGCCGUCGGCUGUGGAGGGGCCGGAAGUGGUCGGGGAGUUGCAGCGGGAGUGAGGCCUCCUCAGCUGGGAGGUCUGGGGCCCGACUCGCCGCCGGCCCAUCGCUUCCCGGAGCCGCAGACAUGGAUUUCCGGGAGAUCCUGAUGGUGGCGUCUGAGCAGCAGGGGCUGAGCGCGGUGUCGAAAAACCUUAAGAAAUGUGACAAGAAUGUUGAAGUUGUACAACUAAGGAUUCACACUAUGGAAAGUCAAUUAAGUUAUGGUUUCAUAUGCUAGUUGUCCCUGUAAGCAAGACAUCAAGACUCUGGUCAAAGGAAAUUUCCGAAUGAACAUCAACGUCGAGAAAAGAUACAGUUUGGCAGUAGGCCCUCCCAAAAAAGAUCCAAAAGUCAAAGGUGUCCAUUCUGCAGCAGUGCAAGCUUUUCUGAGACGGAAAGAAGAAGAAAGUAGGGGAAAAGGUACCUGUUAAUGUUGUUCAGAAACUAGAAGCAAAAGGAAGAAGGAGGAACUUCUAGCUAAGCGUAUUGAAAUGAAACAUGACCGAAAAGCAAGAGCUAUGGCUUCACGGACAAAGGACAACUUUUAUGGCUAUAAUGGCAUUCCUAUUGAAGAGAAGCCGAAAAAGAGGCAGACUUGUGAAAGUGUUGAUCGAUGCACAGAUGCAGAAUAUAUGACAGAAGAUGAGGCAGAGCAAUUUGAAUAUAGUCAGACUGAAUCUGAGCAUGAACCAGAGGAAUAUGAAGAGAAACCAUCCAAAACUGCUGUGAAACCAAAGGCACCUCCCAAAAGUGCUCCUACCCCUAUGAACUUAGAUCUUCUAAGGCUCGCUGAAAAAAAACAGUAUGAACCAGUAGAAAUAAAAGUAGUGAAAAAGACAGAAGAAAGGCCAAGAACAGCAGAAGAAUUGAGAGAAGAAUUUUUGGACCGGAAAAACAAAAAAGGGGAAACCCAGAAAGAGAAAAAAAAACCUGAAAAAGAGAUUAAGAAUGUAACUGCAUCAAGUUCUUCAAUAAAGUGUUUUCUCACAAAGACUCUGGGAGGCCGGGAGAGUGCAGGGAUGGGCGGGACCAGGCGGCCGGGGAGCAGUGCAGGGAUGGGCAGGCUGCCCAGCAGUGCAGGGACGGGCGGGCCCGGGCGGCCGGGGAGCAGUGCGGGGACGGGCGGGCCCGGGCGGCCGGGGAGCAGUGCGGGGACGGGCGGGCCCGGGCGGCCGGGGAGCAGUGCGGGGACGGGCGGGCCCGGGCGGCCGGGGAGCAGUGCGGGGACGGGCGGGCCCGGGCGGCCGGGGAGCAGUGCGGGGACGGGCGGGCCCGGGCGGCCGGGGAGCAGUGCGGACGGGGGGCCCGGGCGGCCGGGGAGCACUGUCGGGACGGGCGGGCCCGGGCGGCCGGGGAGCACUGUCGGGACGGGCGGGCCCGGGCGGCCGGGGAGCACUGUCGGGACGCGGGCCGGGCGGCCGGGGAGCACUGUCGGGACGGGCGGGCCGGGGCGGCCGGGGAGCACUGUCGGGACGGGCAGGCCCGGGAGCAGUGCGGGCACGGGUGGGCCCGGGCGGCCGGGGAGCAGUGCAGGCACGGGUGGGCCCGCGCCGGGGAGCAGUGCGGGGACAGGACCUGCAAAAUCAGUCAAUUCAAGCAUGGGACCUGGGCGACCAGGCAGCGGCUCAGUUGCACCUCCAAAACCUAAGUGCACUGUUGUAUCAGAAACAAUUUCAUCUAAAAAUCUAGUCUCCAGACCAAGUAAUGCACAAAUGAAUGGAACGAGACCUCCUCCAGGACAUAGACCAGUGUUUCAUCCACAAGCUCUUCCAAGGCCUUCUCUUCCACCUAUAAGUUAUAAAAGACAAAUAGAAGAUGAUGAGGAAUAUGAUUCUGAAAUGGAUGAUUUCAUUGAUGACGAAGGGCAACCCCAGGAAGAAAUAUCAAAACAUAUUCGAGUAUUUGGCUAUGAUCGGAAUAAGUAUAAAGAUGAAAGUGAUUAUGCCUUACGUUACAUGGAGAGCAGCUGGAAAGAGCAACAGAAAGAGGAAGCCAGGAGUUUGAGACUUGGUGUCCAAGAGGACCUAGAAGAGCUGAGACGUGAAGAGGAGGAAUUGAAACGUAAGAGGCAGGCAAAGAAGCUGAGGACACAUUAACUGAUUUACAGUGGUUUUGUUCUGUUUUUCUACUAUCCUGGUCACCCCUUAGCCUCCAUAUUUCAGCUCCUUGUAUAGUACAACUUUAGUUUUUAUUUGCUUAUUGGUGAGCAAGAAAAUAUGUAAAGGGAGGAAAGGGCAUAGAAAAACAAGGCUUAAGUUUGGCCCUAAAUAUUUAUUUUUAAUACUUGCCAGGGUUAAUCUUUUACAAAAAGAAACUAAUGCAGAUUUUUGGAAUAAAAGCUAUUAAUGAAUGUUUCCAUUGACUAAAUUAGUUCAAAAUGCCAGCAGAAAUAUUGAUUAACUAUGCACUGGCUUGCAAGAUUUAUGUGGGCCCAUACACCAGUAAAUCAGACUUGCAUUCUUCAUUUGACAUGUGGGAAAAAAGAGAUGAAUGCCAUUUAUGUUCCUUAGUUAUUUUUGAGAGAUAAAAGUACUGCUUUGUGUCUUAAAUCUCCUGAGUUAGGAUCCCUCAAAAUAUUGAAAUAUCAUCUUCUGUUGAAAAUAGCUUGGUUGUAAAUUUCAGCCAUUGUUUAAAGCAAUAAAAUGAUGUUUUUCUGAUUUGAGAACCUUGUGUCUUAACAAAAAUAGUAAUUAAACAGAAGAACUUUCGAUUUCUAAAAAAAUGCUUGUCAUUCAUUAUACCUUGCAUUUAGCAGUGUGACUAAGAUUACAUUAGCGUUUUUAUGUCUGGAAUGUCAGUGCCAACCGAUUUCAGUAAAAAACAAAUAAUAAACCUUUUUCCUGGAAAGUAGGAAUUUGCAGCGUUUGUAUAUAACUAGUGCUUUUUGGGUCAAGCAAAUGCUAAGGAUUUUUUUCUGCCCUGUAAAUCUUAAAAUUGGUUUUACAGUUUCAUCUGUUUUUACAUAUUGAGUGUACAGUACACUUUUAUGUUUUUUCUUGCAUUAAAAAUCAGGUUUUUAAAAUAUGAAGCAGUUAUUUAUGCAAGCAGUUCCAAAGUCUGGAAGAGUACAUUAGAAUUAAGUUCUGUGAAAUACAGAAUUUUCAAAAAGAAAAGGAGGUUUUUUUUAUGAUCAAGCCAAGAUGCAUUUGCAAUUCCUCUGUGAUAUCAAAUAACUUUGCAGUUGUCAUCCUGAAUUUAACUAGUGAAUACUUCUGAUUUAAUUUUAGUGAACCAAAAAUUUAAAUGUAAUAUGUAUCAAGAGAGUUCUGCCCUCUAUUUUGAUGCCCAUAUUGCACAUUUAUUUCAAGCUAUGCACUACAAAGAUAAGUUUCCUCUCAGAAAAUAAGCAUGUAAACAAUACGCACAGGGUUCAUCUAAAUCUGCAGAGAUUGCACUCUGGGUUCACUGCCCUAAACUAAUGAUGCAUUACUUUUUAUCCCCCCAAGCUACCAUAGUGUGUGGUCUCAUCAAAGAGCCUGUAUCACUACUCUACUCUGUUUCAAGCAUUAGCUCUCCAUUAAUAGUACUUCUACCAUUAGAUACUUAAACUGUUACUAACCUCUAAUGCUAGAAGCAUUUGGCAAAGUGUUACAAGGUUAUUGGGGGUAAGUGGAAGAGACUGGCCAAGGAAUAAUGAGAGAGGGGGAAGAGAAAUUGCAUGCAAAAUGAGUAGAUACACAAGGAAGGAGGGAACUUAGCCUAUCAGAGAGCAUUUCAUGUCAUUGCUGCCUCCAGAAACAGCAAUUCUGUCAUCAAAGUGGAACGACCAAUAUUGGCAGCGGGUGACCUGACUCGUAAGGAAAAAGGGGGCAUUGUCCCUAUUAUUAACUGUUUUGGCAGUGGUGUAGCAUUCCAUCUUUUCAAUACAUUGCUAAAAUGAAUGAACCUUUUGAAUAGUUGUUACAGGUUUGUGUAGUAGUAAUUGACAGAGAUACCCAAAUGAAGGUCAUUACCAGUGCGCCUCUGUAUUUUUUUAAAAACUGUGUAUAUUGAAUAACAAAAACUGAUCCAUCUAUUGUACCUGCUCAAUAUACAUUUGAGAUGAUGCAAGAUACUGUAACCUAAUUGGUUGAUUAUUUACAUGUUAUUGUAUGUUUGCUCUGCUUAAUGGGACCAACUGAAUUGUUUGCUGUAGUUUCUAGAAUUAUCCACUCAAGACAAUGACUGAAUGUUGGGACCAUGACCAAGUUGCUGUUCAUUUUUUUUUAAACUGAAUUGAACCUCUAGAUCUUUGUCAGCCCAUCAAAGCUGAUCUUUGUCAGCUAAUUACUAUAUUAGCCCCAAACAAUAAUCUGAAUUGUUGAAAAAAACUUCGGAAAUAAAAAACGUAUUCACUGUUUGAUCCACUGACAUUUUCAAAGUGUAUAUUAGAAAAUGACACUUCUAAAAUAUUCAGUUUAGAGCUAAAUCUGUAUUACAGAUAAAAAUAGGUGAAAUAAAGCCCCGAUUAUCCUUUUUUUACUUAUGUACUUGGCAGAGAUAUGCUGUAAUUAACCACUAUUACAAGGUUAGUUCAACUCUUUAUAAUCUUGAAAGCACUGUGUUGUCAUUUGUCUUGUACAAUAUGACUGGAAUAUCAUCUCCAUUGCCGACCUUCCUCAAACACAGUACACCUUGUGCUGUGUUUGUUCCCUCAUAAAAUAAUAAUUUUUAAAUUUUUUUGAUAUUUCAUAUAGAAAUUUAAUUCAUCUUUGCAGUCAGGAAAUAUUUUCUCAUAGCUAGUAUGGAUUACUAAUGUUUCAAACUUUGUACAGGUACUAUAUUUAAUUAACAUGUCAUUGUACAUUUACUGCAUUCUUCCUGCUUGUAAAUCAGCUAGGAAAGUACUAAAAAAUUACUUUAUAUCCAAAAAUCUGUUUAUUCUUUACCAGAUAAUUAAUUUUAUUUUGUUAAUGUAGUCAAUAUCUGAUGACUCUUCAAAAGACUUUCAAGUAAAAAACAAACAACAACAAAAAACCACUGCCUAUUCCUGUUUAUAAGGAUUACAUGUUAAGCUAGUGACGUUCAUCAUAAUUAAACGUUAUUUUGGGUUUUAGAUUUUAAUUCAGCGUUUGAAGAUGUGCCUUUUUUUUACUAAAUUGGGUCUAAAAAAAUCUAUUCAUGAAUGUAGGAGUAUAAAAGUAUAGGUUAGUCUGUUUCUGCUAUCACGGAUGACAGAUCCUUUCAACUUGAUAGUCUGAAAUGAUUAGUUUUCAUAAAACCCUUCCAGGCUUCAACUGCACAAUUACAGUAGCUAUUUCUUUACCUGUAUUACUAAAAGAAAUUAAGGGCACUUUGUAUUAGACUUUUUGAAAAUGUUUUGUAUUUACAAUUCAGCUGUGCUUACACAUCACAGCGCUGUCCGGAGGUCAGGGUAGUGCAUAUCACAGGAAGCCUUAGUGUGCAAUUAUGUCCUGUGCUUUAAAGUAAAAAUCUUUCAAAGUAUAUGAAAUCUCCUCACUGGAGUCUGGAAUUAUUUUUGUGUAAACCCCAAAAUUGUGCAGGAAAACUUUUUUUUUUCAUUUUGAAACUUAAUUAGUAUCUGAAGCAUAUUUCCCAAUACAGCAGAAGACCAAAACAGAGAGAGAAAAUAUAUGGAGAGAGACUGGUGUUUAAAUUGUGAUGAAUAUACUUGACUUUUAUUUAUUCUGGUGAGUGUGAUGCAAUAUUGAAUUAUCAGUGUGUAACUGAAUGCUUUCUGUUUUAGCCUCUGAUUUUCUUUGGGGGUUUCAUUUGUGCACAAUGUCUUUUUACACAAUGUGACAAAUCAGGUAAAAACUUAUAUAGCUUAACAGUUUUCUGGGUGCUGGCAAGAAAGUGUAUACUUUUGCACAUGCAGAGUGCAGAUAAGUUUUGCAUAUGUAUAUAAUAAAUUACAGGUAUUAAACAUUUUAUUUAUA